AUGGCCGACCCCAAUUCCGCAUCCCAAGGCGCGGCCAAAGCCGCCGCCGACGCAGGCGCAAAAGCGGGCGCCUCGCAAGGCAAUCCGGUCUUCAAGAUGAUGGGCCUACCGAACUUCCGCUUCAAACUCCCCUCUCGCAACUGGAUGAUCUUCCUCACCAUCACGGGCUCGUGGACGGCGGCGCUGGUGUACGACCGGCGCGAGAAGAAGCGGAUACAGAAGCAGUACUGCGAUGCCGUCGCGCACCUGGCACGCGAGCCGCUGCCCACCAACGAGAUGCAGCGCCGCAUGACCGUCUACCUGGCCGGCCCGCCCGCCGACGGCCUGAUGGGCGCCCGCGAGCACUUCAUCGAGUACGUCAAGCCCAUCCUCGUCGCCGCCGCCAUGGACUGGGACGCCAUCGAGGGCAGGCGGGAGGGCGACGUGCGCGCGCAGGCAGCCGAGAAGAUACGGAACCUGCGCAAGGCGCGCGGCGAGGCGAGCGCGGAGCCCGUCGAGGAGGAUACGGAUACCGUGGUGCUGCAGGCGCGGGCGAGGGCGGGCAUAAAGGAGUGGUCGGGCGUGCAGGGCGACAUCGUCAUCGGCCGGAAUACGUGGAAGGAGUAUGUACGUGGCUUGCAUGAGGGCUGGCUGGGACCUUUGGACGCACCACCGCCGCCGCCGGAGCCUGCUGCCCAGGAAGACACUCCCGCCACCACCCCUCCUCCGGCAUCUUCGACCCCUUCGGAUGACGCUUCGCCCACCGCACAGCAGCCUUCGUCAGAGGAGGACAAGAAGCCCGCAGAAGAACAGCAAAAGACCGAAGAAGAGCAGAAGAAGGAAGAAGAACAGAAGAAGAAGCGCACCCAACCGCCGCCCUACAUCUCGACGGCCGACUACGCCGCGGCCUCGCUCUCGCCCAACUGCCCGCCCCAGCUCGCCCCGUCCGCGCCCAUCCCUUACCCGCACAUCCUCGGCUUCCUCAACACCCCCGUCCGCAUGUGGCGCUUCCUCAACCGCCGCCGCCUCGCCGACGACAUCGGCGCCCAGGUCGCCGCCGCCGUUCUCGCCGCUAACCGGCCUUUCGCCGGCCCUGAAGCGGAGUUCGCGGAGGAGCGCGUCGCGCCGGUCGGCGAGGACGUGGAUGAUGACGGCGACGAGAAGUGGGAGCAGCAGCGCGUGCUGAAGAGUGAGGAGAAGGAGUGGCAUAAGAGCGUGAGGAAGGAGGCGGCGAAGAAGCGGGAGGAGGGCAAGGAGAGCGUUUGGGUUGAUGACAUGGUCGUCGAUCCGAGGAUUGGUGGCAGGAUGAGGAGGUUCGUGUUGAGCGAGGUCGAGAAGGCGAGGAUCGAGAGGAUCAGGCAGGGUGCUGAGGGCGUGCUGGGGGAGAAGAAGGAUGAGGAGUGA